AAGUUUACAUAAUUCGGUGUUUAUAAAGUGUAUUCAAAUAAAUUUACCUGUAUAUUUUCUUAAAGUGUAAAUUUUGUGUUAUAAGUGGUGACUACGUUUAAGUGUUCGUUAUAGAAUGUUUGUUGUGUCUUCGUUGUAAUAGGAUCAGUGGUCAGUAACAUCUAUUGGAUUACGGUUUUGCUGAUUGUCAGUUUGUUGUGGAAUACAGGCGAAGCCAGUGGUGGAUCGAUGAGACGCCUGCUCUUGUAGUGGGAGCGUCGCCACGCUGCUCGGAUCACUUACUUAGGGGCGGUGUGUGAGUGUCGCACCGCCAUGUCGCAUCACAGCGACGAGCAGGCGCUGCUCACCGUCGCCUCCGACUCGUUCUGGGAGCCGGGCAACUACAAACGGACCACCAGGCGGGUGGACGAUGGACACCGGCUGUGUAGCGAGCUGCAAGCGCUAGUACAGGAGCGCGCCGACAUUGAGAAAACGUACGCCAAGAGCCUGCGUGGGUGGGCGAAGAAGUGGAACGAUCUCAUAGAGAAAGGUCCAGAAUAUGGCACAAUGGAAGCGGCGUGGAAGGGCGGCAUGGUGGAGGCGGAGCGGCUCUCGGACCUGCACCUCAGCGUGCGAGAUCGGCUCGUCAAUGACGUCAUCGCUCAGAUCAAAAACUGGCAGAAAGACACGUAUCAUAAGUCAAUGAUCCAGCUAAAGGAACGAAAAGAAAUGGACGAAGCAUUCAAGAAAGCGCAGAAACCUUGGGCUAAGCUCCUACAAAAGGUUGAACGCACUAGGUUAGAGUACCAUACGGCCUGCAAGCAAGAGCGCACCGCUCAAAACCAGGAGCGGAACGCUAGCGGCGACAGCUCGCUGAGCCCGGACCAGGUCAGUGGACAUGUGAAAAAGAUGGCGGAACGAGUGGCCAAAUGUCGGGAGGAGGUCGCGAAGAACAGGGAGAAGUACCAAGCGGCGUUGGCUGAGAUCAGCUCGUACAACCCCCGCUAUAUAGAGGAUAUGACAGCAGUUUUCGAGCGCUGCCAACAGAUGGAAGCGCAGCGGCUUACCUUCUUCAAGGACGUACUGUUCAGCUUCCACAAGUGCCUCAACAUCAGCCAAGAGCCCUCAUUACCACAGAUAUACGAAGAGUUCCACCACACGAUAAACAACGCGGACCACCAGAAGGACCUAAAAUGGUGGGCCAACAACCACGGCUGCAACAUGGCUAUGGCGUGGCCGCAGUUUGAGGAGUACACGGAGGAGUUCCGGGACAUCGCCAAGGGCAAGUCCAAGGAGAGCCUGCCCACGGGGCCCAUCACGCUGCUCAACCAGCGCCCCGUCAGCGAGGACGAGUUGCCGCCAAUUAGCAACAACAAAGCGAACAAGGGCUCGAACCAUGCGGAGCCCCCUCCGCCCGCACCCAUCGCCAAUAACACGAGCAACGACAAGAACUCUACAGCAAACAACACCAUAGACAAGAAAAGCAUCAGCGCUCCCAUCGCAGUCACGAACGGCACUGCAUCAGCGCCUAAAUCGAAUAAAACGUCCCCUGCAAAAGAGGGGGGUAAACAGGAUAACCCCUUCGAGGAGGAUGAAUGGGAUGAAGAAUCGGGUGGUGCUCUUACGGACACAGGCGAGCCCGGCGUACCUGUACGGGCCUUAUAUGACUAUACUGGGGCCGAGAGCGACGAGCUGAGCUUCAGACAAGGUGAUCUAUUCGAGAAACUAGAGGACGAAGACGAGCAAGGCUGGUGUAAAGGUCGGAAGGACGGCCGCGUGGGCCUCUACCCUGCGAACUACGUCGAGCCCGUGGGCCAUUAGCCCCCCAAAACCACACCCGGUACCCCACUACCCCACGCCACGAAUCAUAAAAUAGAAAAAAGUACAGAAAACAGAAAAUCGCCAUUAAGUAUACUAUACACCCAUGGCAAACAUCUUGAGCAUAAGCUAUAGACAAAUAGUGAGAUAAUUUGUAAAAAAAUAAACAUGAUAUUACCUACGAAUUUGGUCCCUACCAAAAUAAUAAGAUUGUCAUUUCAGUCAAGGAAUUAGACCUUAGUUAUAUAAUAUACGGUAGGUAUAAAUAGUUUACAUAAACGUCUUCUGCGCAAGUUUGGUUAUCUAUGGUUUAUCCAAAAUGUUUGCCGCUCUAUCUAUACACGCGAACUCAUAAUGGUAGUGUUGCCAGUACCAAAAUGUGAGUCGAAAAAACCAUUUAAGUGUAAGUAACUACUAAAGAAAGUCUUCUGUAUUUUUCUAUUUUGUGUUCAUAAAAUAAUAACAAUUGCCACGAGUGUCAGUUGCAUCUUACUUAAACAUUUGCUGUAUUAUUGUAUUUGAAUGGCC